AAUCAAUUGGUAUACGCAAGCUCGAGAGAGAGAUAUUGGAUAUUGCAUAUCCGCGAACAAUGAAACAAGGUCAGACUAAAGACAAACAGGGUACUGUCCAUGAGAGUUUACAGCAUAAUAGUAAAAAAAGAAAAGGACAAAAUACCAAAAAAGCCAAGUUUCAUGAGCUGAUAGCUCGACAAAAGCAAAUAAAAAACAUAAAACUUGAAAAGAAAAAGGCGAUAGAGAAAAAACGAGAAAAACGUCUUCAAAACCGUAAAGAACGUAACAUCUCAAUGCAAAAAUUGACAAGAAAAGGACAGCCUGUCAUGAAACACCGCAUUAAACUACUCCUUAAACAGCUGUGUCCUGGAGAUACAUAAAUAAAUUUUGUUGAUACCAUUUAGUCUCUUUUAUCUGUGAUGUCUAAUUUUCGGUUGCCGAUAGGUUAAUGAAAUGGCCGUGUGUCUUAUUAGACUAGAAAAAGAAAUCCAAACAUAUUCCUUGGUUCUCACAAGAACAGAUGGCUAUAAAUGAAUUAUUUUAACAAGCGUUAAAAAGCGAACUGUAACAUCAUAGUCUCUCUCUCCAU